AUGGCUUUGAAACUUUACAGACAUGUUCAAUCCAUUUGCACAAAGCGAGUCCGAACAGUCUUUGAAGAGAAGAAGCUUCAGUAUGAGUUCAUUGUAGUGGAUUUCCUCAAGGGAGAACACUUGUCUAAGCCAUAUGGUGUCGAAUUCCAUCCUUUCAAGAAGAUCCCCGUCCUUGUUGGCGAGGAGUCGGAUAUCAAGGGGCUAUCUAUCGAGCUGUGCUAUUUCGACGCCAACGUCAGUGGUAUCGCUUGGGAGGCAAUUUUCAAGCCCUUCCUCGGUUAUGGUGCAGGCGAUGAGGCGAUAAUCAAAGCCAAGCUCAGCGCUCUUGAUACUGCUCUCGCAGGAUAUGAGCGCAUUCUCUCCCAGCAGAGCUAUCUUGGGGGAAGUGAAAUCACCCUGGCGGAUAUUUUCCACCUUCCUUAUGCUAUGGGAUGA